AUGGAGAUAAGAAAAACGUUGGUGGUUGUUGUGAUGACACUUAUGUUUUGUUCGGUUUCCGAUUCAUUAAGGUUGUUUAACAAUGGUAAGAGUGAGAGCCAACACAGGAGAAAUCUUGUUGCCAAUGGCCUUGGUGCCACUCCUCCAAUGGGGUGGAAUAGCUGGAAUCAUUUUCACUUAAAAAUAAACGAAACAGUCAUCCGAGAAACAGCUGAUGCCCUUGUUUCUACGGGUCUAUCCAAGCUAGGAUACACUUAUGUUAACAUAGAUGAUGGCUGGGGUGAAAUGACCCGGGAUGUCGAUGGUAAUUUGGUAGCCCAUAAAACCAAAUUUCCUUCUGGCAUCAAAGCUCUUGCAGAUUAUGUUCAUGGGAAGGGUCUUAAGCUUGGCAUUUAUUCAGCUGCAGGGUAUUUUACUUGUGCAAAUGUGAUGCCUGGUUCACUUGGUCAUGAAGAGCAAGAUGCCAAGACUUUCGCAUCAUGGGGUGUUGAUUAUCUCAAGUAUGAUAAUUGUAACAAUGGUGGAAUAAAGCCUAUUGAUAGAUACCCUAUUAUGACUCGAUCUUUGAUGAAGGCAGGCCGUCCAAUCUACUUCUCGCUAUGUGAAUGGGGAGACAUGCACCCUGCAUUAUGGGGUUAUCAAGUGGGAAAUAGCUGGAGAACUACUGAUGACAUUAGGGAUAACUGGGAUAGUAUGCUUUCAAAAGCAGAUAUGAAUGAAGUUUAUGCUGAUUAUGCAAGACCUGGUGGUUGGAAUGAUCCUGACAUGCUCGAGAUAGGAAAUGGAGGGAUGAACAAAAGUCAAUAUAUUGUUCACUUCAGUUUAUGGGCCAUUUCCAAGGCCCCUCUUAUAAUUGGCUGUGAUGUUAGAAAUAUGACUGAAGACACUAAAGAGAUACUAUCAAAUACGGAGGUUAUUGCAGUUAACCAAGAUCCACUUGGUAAACAAGGUAAAAAGGUUAGGAUGGAAAGCGCUCUCGAGGUUUGGUCAGGUCCUCUUUCAGAAUACAGGGUGGCUGUUGUUUUACUCAAUAAAUACUCUGAUCGUCGUGCGUCCAUUACUGCUCUAUGGGAAGAUAUUGGCCUUGAUCCUUCUAGUGUUGUUGAAGCACGAGACCUUUGGGAGCACAAGACAUUGGAAAGACAAUUCGUGGGUAAAUUGACUGACACUGUUGAACCACAUUCUUGCAAAAUGUAUGUGCUGAAGCCAAUAGCUUGAGUUUCAAAAGAUGUUUGGAUUGCAACUUUGGGAGCCAUUGCACUAGCACAUUUUUCAUUUGCUCAUGAACUUUUCUUUUACUAGUAUCUCGUGAAUAAACAUCCUUCUCUUGUUUCUACUCAUGGAUAUAUGCUACUUUAGUUAGUGUAAUUUAAACAAGAUUGCAUUUUCUGCUUUAGUUAGUUUGUUAUGAAUGAUGUUGGAUUUGUGCUCCUUUAGUUAAUU